GAAAGAGAAAACACAAGUGGGUCCUACAAGGAACAAUGGAACCCAAAUUCCACAGCAAAACCUGCCCUGCAACCAUCUUCACGCCCCCCACUACUCUCAGUUUCUUCCUUACCAUAAUUUUCUUUUGCAUUUUUGGAACUUUCUCUCUCCACAACAGAACAGGAAGAAUUCUUGGUUACUCUCAAAAAACCUUUUUCUCAAAUACAGUUCCUCAGAACCCAGCAUUCUUAGCUUUUUUUUAAAGUUCCCUAAAGCUUGCUCCUUGGAUCUUACUUGGUUGGUUCUUCUUUCUUUGUUCUUUCCUUCUUGGUUUAAGGUUUGGAUUAUUGGGUUGUUAGCUGUUGCUUCACUGGGAAUCACCUGCUUCUGGGGUUGGGAUGGCCUUGCUUCUUGGAUCCAUUUCUUGAGAUUUCUUGGAGAACACAAAUUUGAAGGUUAGAUGGUAUAUAUAGUGUGGAUGUUGUCAGCCAUCAAACCCAAGCCAAUCAAUUGGAGACACAAUACGGAUAGUGAGGCUCCGGCAUCAUUGGUCAACUUUGUUUAAUUGCAGGAACAAGAUGGAGAACAAGUUCAUCAAUAGUCAAAAAGAUGACCUGUGGGAGGAGGAUUCAUUGGAUGGUUUGGGAAAUAUAGGAGAAUUAUCUGGAGGAGAUGGUAUAAAUUAUUCUAAUUCAAAAUCAAACAGGUUGGUGAGAAGUUCACAUCGUAGUGUGAUAUUUAAUCUUAAACAAUUGCUCACCAGAAAGAGUUUCAUAAAGGGUUCGCUCCUUCAAAACACUCGUGGCUUAGGAAAUAAGAUUCCGAGGCAUGUUGUGACUCUAGAAGAGAAAUAUUUGCGUCGUUGCCUGGAACAGAUUCACAUUAGUGCAGCCAAAGCAGCCAGAUGCAAUAUCUCAGUGAACUUCAGCUCUGUAAAGAUGGGCAGUUUAUCUGAUGAUUUCAAUCCACUUAAGAUCAGGAAUGAAGACACAAGUGAUUUUGGUAGGUUUGUUUUUGGAUGUCCAUUACCAGCAGCUGGUGAUGAGAGUGUGGUUAUUGGCUUGUCAGGACAGUGGAUUGUAGGUUCAAUAAUGGGUAGCAAGAGUAUGUUGAACAUAUUGAAAAGCCCCUUGUUGCAGAAAUUGGGAGUAUUAGAUGCAGAUGCUAAUUUUAGAAGAACAGGUUUCAAUGAUGUUAAAGGAUUAAUAUCUUAUGAUUUCAUGAGUUCUCCUGGUGGAUUAAAUAAUUGUGCAUCACAGAAACCAGAAAAGGUAACAACUGCACUGGGGAAUUAUAAAUACCAAUCUGAGAAUUUUCACAAAAGGUGGACUUCUAUGUCAAGCACAAACUCUUCAUGCUUAGAUUAUCCCUCUUCUCCUCCUCCAAUUUCUCGGGGAAUGCUCCAAUGCACAUGGAAAAGUGGGAUUCCUCAUUUUGUUUUCUCCCUAGAUAAUCAGAGGGAGGUUUAUGUUGCCAACUUGUCAAAGGCUGAAUCGGCUCUUGAUAAGGGUACGGAAUAUCUGUACUUGUUCCAUUCAAGCAAGCGUGGCAAUAAGGGACAUAAAAUUUAUGAUAAGGAGUCACACCUUGUUGGUAAGAUGAAGGUAUCAACUUCUUUCACCAUCUGCUCUAAGAAUUCUAAGAUCAUGGAGACACAGUUUGUUUUGUUUGGUGGUAAUGAAAAUUUUUUUGGGGAGGUGCAAACUUCAAACAUGAAUUACAAGAAGAAUAAGGGGCAAUUAAAGAAGUUUGUGGAUGUUUUCAGAACCAGUCCCUCAUCAAAUCAGAGAAGUGUGUCUAGAUUUGUGGGAUCAAGUUCUGUUUUGGAAAACUGUUCUUUGGAGUUGUGCCAAGACACAGUUAAUAGUUCUGAUGCCCUUAUUGGGACUAAUCUUUUGGAGGAACCACUUCCAACUAAUCUUCAAUUGGCUGCUAUUCUUGUGAAAGACCAUCUCCCUGAAAAUUCUCAGCAGGAAGUUGGAGGUUGGGGCUUGAAAUUUCUCAAGAAAGUUGGUGCCAAGCCAACAAUUGAUACUUUUGAAGGCUCAGAACAAAAUGCUUGUGCAGACAAUAUUAGUAGUUGUUCAACAAGUUUGGAUGUUCUACUUCCAGCUGGUCUUCAUGGUGGUCCAAGAACCGGAAAUGGUGGCCCCUCUAGUCUUGUUGAAAGAUGGAAAUCUGGUGGACGUUGCAACUGUGGAGGCUGGGACGUGGGUUGUCCACUAACAGUGCUUAAAACUAGAUCAAGUAGAGAAGAGGAUUUGCCUGAUGUUGAUGUAUCAGAGGCGUGCAAGUUAUUUGAUUUUUUCAUUCAGGGUUCAGAGCAUGGUGCUCCUGCCUUGAGGAUAGCGAGUAUCCGUGAUGGGUUGUAUUUUGUUCAAUUUCAAUCAAUGCUGUCAGCUCUGCAAUCUUUCUCAAUUGCAGUUUCAUACAUCCAUACCCAAAGUCCUGCUCUCCGACCAAAAAAUGUACAGGAGUCAUAGUAGCGAGAUUCACAAUUGAAGUCUAUGUAGUUGUAAGUUGUAACCCCUUUACUGCAGCACUGCGUAAGUCAAAGUUAAGUCUUUAUAGAAGAAUUGGUAUUGUUAUUUUUAUGUCUACAGUAGCUAGUCUGUCUAGUGUCAUAUGGUCUUCUUUUAUUAGGAAUGUUUUGUGCUGAUUGGGCUUUUUAUCCUUGAUUCUCAGAACAAAAAUCUUGUAAUGCUCUCCUGGAUUGAAUGUAUAAGAUUUGGAAUUUUGAUGAGUGGAUUUUAUACCAUAUAUAUACUUGCACAACAAAAUUCUUUAGGAUGCAGCAGGAUUUGACAUUCAAUGAAGUUGUCCCAUAAGCCAGAGGGGAAUUUUGUGAAUAAGGGGAAUUUUAUAUCACUCUUUUUCAUGGGUUCUUUAUCUUGAAUUGCUAUCUGAGGAGUGCUGGUGUAUGUAUUUACUAGUUAAGUUUCAUACGGCACUAAUGGUCAAUUCUACCAUUGUAUGGAAACAGCAAUGGCACAAUCUUUAGAAAUCCAUAUUAAUAUUUAUGAAGGAUAAGUUCAAUUCUACCAUUCACCCCAGCCGACAAGUGAUGUUUUGGUGAUGCCUCUACCCGACAAUCAUUAGCAUGGCAUAAUUAUCCGACAAUGCUAAUAGAAUCAGGUGUUUAUU